AUGCAUUUUUUGAGCCUCUGCUACGAAUUGGAAACUGAUCAGGAAACAUUCAAACUUCAUGAUACAAGUUUUAAAACCGAUUUCACUCCAGUUUUGAUGCAUUUUUCCGGAGAGGACUUGACCAGGGAUAUGAAUUGUGACCAAGUCCCAAAUCAAGUUCUCACGAGGUUCAAUUUUCUGAUGAUAGUAGUUGUUAUCCAACCAAUUCAACUGAUCUUGAUUGUCACCGCUUUUGUUCAUUUCUUGGUAUUCUACUUGGAGCACAGGAACCAAACUGAACGCUUGCCUGAAGCAGGCAAUGCUGCCCCUGUCAGUUUAGAGGACAACGCUAGUCUGAAUGUGCAAUUUUCUCCACGGCUCAACUUUUGGCCAUUCGGAGCUCCGCCGCCACCGUAUCAGGACCUGGAACUCGUGGAACGCACCGGAGAAUCUGAUCCCGCUCCACCUUACACUGUCUACUUGAAUCAAGAGGAACAGACUGCACGGCAAGAAAUUCAUAUUCCUAGCAUUGUGAUUACGACUGUCACUGAAGAAGAGGAAAAUGACCCUUCGGUCAUCCCAGAAGUCUCCGAAUCUCAAGAUUCAGUUCUUGCAGCGACCGAAGAAGAAAAUACUGAGGAAUGCACCGAAUGCUGA